CAGCUUUCUUGCAGGUUCCGUCAACCCACCAUGUUACCAAUGCGUGAAGUGUCAUCAGUAGCUUUCGCUCUCCUGCAACUUUCUGACCGAACGUAAACCAUGGUUUUACUGGAUCUACUCACGAUCGCUGGCAUCCCCACAGCCGUUGGCGCAAGCGAAGCAGUGCACCAGCAGCAGCUGCUCGACGAAGAAGCAGAAGCACCCGAACGUCAGGAGCCCUUCUACGUAGAUGUGUACUGCGAUGCACAGUCACGGAAGAAGGAUGAGGUCGAUGGUGCAAUUAUCGUGUUGAAAGACGGCAAGCUCCAACUGUGGCCUAAAGACUCCAAAACUGGCCUGCCAAAGGAAGAUCCUGACAGCGGCGAAGCACCGCAUCCUUUCACCGGCUUUUUCUACCCAUUUCCCACCGAAGACCUUGAUCUCCCGCAUCGACCAAUGCCCGCGCCCCCCAUGCUCGGCCUUGUCAGCACAGUGCCGAGCUCGUCGAAGGGAAAGUCUAAUGCGAUGCGCCCAAAGCUCAAUUGGGUCUACGCAAAUAAGGAGACACGCGAGCUGAAGUACGGGCCGAGGGCAGAAGCAAAGCACCAUAUUGUAGGGCCGUGGGACUGGACAGAGGAUGAGCAAGGUCUCACGCUCGAGGACGACGAGAGCUUGGUCGCUGUGGAGGAAGAGAGUGGUGGUUUCGGGUGGGCGGUGUAUUGGGACAGUGAGGACGAUCGGCUGAAGCAAUGGGGUGUGCUGGAGAAACACAGGGUGUUGCGAUGUAGUCUCGAGCGAAGACUGGUAGAGCAGAAAGAAAUGGGUGGGCUAGACGACUUGUAAUUCUUGUUGUUGUCCUUGGCUCGCACUCUCGCAGGCUCUUACGAACGAUUCACGGCAAUGCGAUGGCUACAGUGUCUUCGACGCGAAGUAGCAACAAGGCCAUUGUACAGAUAGAGUGUUCGCAGUCUUCGUCUCCUCUCGACCCCUGCCACAAAGACGCGUGCCUGAUGCGCAACGAU